GCAGAGAAGGUGCGCGUAUUUUGAGGUGAUGAAGGGUGAGAUUGGAUUGUGAUUUAUUAUAUUUUUCGUUUUUUUUUAAUCCAGAAAACGAAUCGUUUGUUAAAAAAAAAAAAAAAAAACAAAAUUAAUGAAAUAAAUAAAUAGAUAAAUAAAUAAAGCUGCUACACGGACCCUUCCAACGGCCACCAGGGAAGUGAGUUCAUUGAGCCGAGGCGAGCGGAGCACAGCCUGAUGAGACGAUGCCAGCGACGUAAAAAUCACAACAUCUGCAGGGUGUGCGUCCGAGGCUGCUGGAUUAAGCCUCCGUGGAUCGACGGGGCCUUUGUACGUACAGUGCAGAAAAGCCCACGGGGGCGACUGUUGCCUUCAAAAUACUGCGAGAGGAGGUAAAAUAAGAGCGGUUGUGUUCCCGGAGGCCUUUGGAGAACACAGCCUGCCGUCGGCGAGGAGGACAGAUUGACAUUAAUGAGGGUUUGCUGUGCAUUUUCAUACUCGGCCUCAUUAAGGCAUUGUCCACAGAGAGACAGACAUUGGGUUCGGCAUAAAACGGGACUGAAGUCGCAGCGCCUUGCAGAAAGCCAUCUAAAUAAAGAUAUCACAUGUUUCUGCCUUGAUUUGGCCUCUGGUGCUUUAGUGAUCGCAUACAUGAUAUCUGGCAAACACUGAAUGAGGAUGAAGACGGGGAUGUGAUGCCUCCGUGUUGAGCACCGAAGUAUCGUCAUCUCGGCGCUUUUAAUAGAUUCUCAGGUACCCUCUGGGUGUGGGUUUUUAAUAGAAAAUGGGCAGCGAGGGGGAGAUAAUAAAUAGAGAACUGUCAAAGAUGUCUGACGAGGAUCUGCUGGCGUGCUCCAAAGAGGAGCUGGUGAGCCGGCUGCGUAAAGAGGAGUCCGAGAAAAUAGCAGCGCUCAUCCAGCGAGGACGUCUGAUCAAGGAGGUAAAUAAACAGCUGCAGGGACACCUCCUCGAAAUCAGGGAACUGAAAGUCAUCAAUCAGCGCCUGCAGGAGGAAAACGUGGAGCUGCGGGACCUUUGCUGCUUCCUGGACGACGACCGGCUCAAAGUGAAGAAGCUGGCCAGGGAAUGGCAGCUGUUCGGGCACCACGCAGCCAAAGUGAUGCGGGAGGACCUGGGCGGGUACUUGAAAAAGCUCGCCGACCUGGAGCGCAUGCAGGACGGGCUGGUGAAGGAGAAUUUGGACCUGAAGGAGCUCUGCCUGGUCCUGGAGGAGGAGUGCGUCAGCAGGAGUGACUCCAGCCCCGGCGGGUCCACCGAGCUCAACCUGCCCUGCAUGGUGGCCCGGGACCUCGGGGACGGAAGCUCAAGCACAGGCAGCGUGGGAAGUCCAGACCAGCUUCACCUGGUGUGCUCACCUGAUGACUGAUGACAGGUUUAUGUGAGCAGUCAGGGCUUCUCCGACCUGAAUAACGAGUCUGUAGACUAUAUGGGUGAUGUGAUUGACAGAAUGGAGACACAGAAGCUUUCUCAGACAAUACAAAUUAAAUUGGUGCAAAAGCAUUAGGGCCUUCUGAAUGCUGCAAAGAUUUGUGUGCCACUAGGUUUUGACUUGACAAAGAUUCUUCACUAAGGACAUUGUCAGGACUUUACAAAGACAUUUACUAGAUGUUUGCCAGAUGAUUAUGUAUCUAAAUUUUACAGUGUUUUUCUAAAGACUCGUCAGUUUUUGGGGAAAUUCUCUUUUUUCAGUGGUCUGUUGUUGAAAAAAAAAAAUGGGACCAAAAAAGUGGGUCACAUCUAUAAAUUUAUCUCAUGCACUGGACUAGCCUACACUGGUAGAAGCCUUUCUUUCUAUUGCACUGGACAGCGUUAUCGUGGAUCUUUAAAUCACAGAUCUAAAGAUUCAUUUCAAUCCAGUUUUGAGCCAUAUUUAGUCCACUGAAUUCCACUAGCACUGAAAUAGAUGAGUUCUGAUAAAAGGAAAAUAGAAAACUAUUUGAUAUUUGCUUUUGCUAGAUACCCAAUAAUGUAUAAUGUUUUAUGCACUCUCUUCCUCAGGACAGGAUUGGAGUGCCAUAUGUGCAUGAUGAUGAUUGUCACAAUUUGUACAGGCCUGUGAACCAGUCUGAUGUGAAGGCCCCUCAGGUUUACUGCGGGUGGGGCUGCUGCGCUAAUUGUAACAUGUGCUAGAGCCUGGGCAGAGCCAGCACACUUGUUAGGGUUUCGGAUCAGACACGAUAAUUGUCCUUGGACCUUACUCAGAGCUGAACUGAAUAAGUUCUGUCACUUUUUUAAAAUCCAACUGGAAACUCUUUAUAUCAAACUGGAAGGUCUAAAAGUUUUAAUGAUUUCUGUUCUAUCCUAUUCAAGCAAAGCUGUUGGAUUUUUCAAUUGUAGGACAUUUUUUUUAUCACCUUGUUGUUGAUGUUAAAUUAGCGUAUCACAGAGUUUGUUUCAGUUGGACGAUAGUCAGCUUUCUCCUCUGUAACUCAUGCUUUGUAAUUACCCUGUAACAUUAGGGAUCUGAACAUUCUUCACUUUGACCCUUCUUUCUCUUGAUUUAUCUGUAUUAACUAGCAUUACUUAAUGAUUUCAGUUUAAAAUCAUAGAUAAUGCCCAUGGAUUAGAAAAGCUUUCUUUUGUUGUUAGCUGUUUAUUGGUGGGCUAUGCUCGUAGUGCAUUGAAGAGCUUUAAAUACAGUGGGUAUGACACCUUAUGUCACUGUUCUGACCUUUCUUCAUGUGUUUGACUUUGCAGAAACAAGCAUUUACAUUUACAUGACACAGAAUGAAGGAUUGAUUUCUGCAUUUGUUGUUUUGACCUUCAUGUCUGAACCAACUGCACUUGAUUGAUGUUCUCUUUAUGUCAUACAGACUGACUUUAUGGAUGUUCAUCAGUUUUAUUUUUGGAUCCCUAUUUGCACAGUCUGGAGAGCUGAAGAGGACAGUGAUGCUUUUACCCCCCUAGUGAUGCACAGGCAUCCUUUGACAGUAGCAUACACACAGAUUUGUUUUUCUCCCCCAUGCUCACUAGCGCUCAAUCUGACUCUUUCCAUCUCUAUCUCUCUCACUAACCCCAUUUUAGCAGAGUGAUCCAACGCCCUCUCAGCCAUGUAUGUAUUAGCAAGAGAUUCGCUUCGUUUUUGGGAAAUGGAGCAACAGAGAACACAGUGUUCACAGUUGAGGGGCAUAAAGCAGUCAUUAGAGUUUUGUCAGUAUAUAUAUUGCAGCCAUCAAACCCUUUUAAUGAGAGUCAGUAAAAAAGGCUUCAAUUUAUGAGUGUUUUCAUUAUCGAUUAUUCUUCUGAUUAUUUUCUCGAUUGGGUGUUUAAUCUGUAAAAUGUCACAAAAUAAUGAAAUAAGACAAUUGUAACUUCCCAGAGUUAAAGGUCAUGUUUCAAAUUGUUUUGUUUUUUGUUUUGUUUUUUUUUCUGACCCAAGGUCCAAAACUCAAAGAUAUUCACUUUACAUUGAGUCAAAACA